AUGGGUUCGGGUUCGGCUUCCGGCAAGGCCCACCACUGGAACGUGUUCGACGGCGUUAAGAUAAUUGCAGCGACGCCGGAGGCGCUGAUGGCGGAGAUCGACUCCGCGAUCUCGGCUCUGGAACACUCACGCGCCACCGCUCUGCUCGACGCCAACGAGGGAUAUGACGCGCGCGUGGCAGACGAGGCAUACAAGGCGGGCUGCGCCGCCCUCGCUGCCGGCAAGCUGGACGAGGCGAUUCGAUCUCUGAACCUCUCUCUCGCGAAGUGCCCUCCCGACAAGGCCUCCGCGCUCGCAAAACUCAACUCGCUUAUCGCUCUCGCCUCUCACCACCUUCAAGCCUCCUCCAAAUGA